UAGCAAAACACUUCCAACUUAAAAAUCAAACUUAACAUGGCAUUUUACAUUCGCACUUUCGUGGAGUUAUUAACAUGGGCUUCCAUAUUUAUCUGUUCUACAAUUGGUAUUGGCACUGGCAGCUCACUUGUGGCAGGGGCAACACCUGAGGCAGAAGCUCUGCGGAAGAGUGGGUGGUGGAAUGCCUCUAUCAACAACGUUGCAAAACAUUGUAGCUGGCCUGAGUCUUGAGGCCUUAGACAUGAGUAAUUGCUACCUCGAGGGUCCAAUCUCUUCCAAUAUCAGUCAUUUAACCAAUCUGGUUUCUUUGACUCUUGCAAACAAUCAAAUCAAUGGAUCCAUUCCUUCAGAAAUGGGGAAUCUAAAGAAUUUGGUUUCUCUGGAUCUGUCUAGCAACCGGCUUGUGGGUCUAACACCGUCCUCUCUUAGACAUUUAACCAGUUUGACAGUUUUAGACCUCAGUUUCAAUCCAUUUAGUAGCUGCAUCCCUCCAGAAUUUGGGGAAUUGACGAAUCUCACUGAUCUCCGCAUGAGUCACUGUGGACUUCUUGGUCCGCUCCCUCAAACUUUGGGUCAGUUGACAAAUUUGAGAUACUUGUUUCUUCAUGGGAAUCAAAUCAGUGGCCCCAUACCCUUGGAACUGACAAAGCUUAAGAACUUGAUUGUUUUGGAGCUUUGGCUAAACAAUUUAGGGGGUUCAAUCCCUUCAUUUUUGGGUCUCUUGUCCAAUUUGAGGACCCUGCGCCUUAGAUCAAAUUCUUUGGAGGGCUCCCUCCCACCAAACAUAGGAAAUCUAAGUAAUUUGGAAAUUCUGAGUCUUGGUUUAAAUAAAUUAACAGGUCAAAUCCCUUCCUCUUUGUCUCGUUUGUCCAAUUUGCAGUAUUUGUAUCUUCAAGAAAACAGUUUAACAGGUCAAAUCCCUCCAUCUCUAGGUCUCUUGUCUAAUUUGUCAAUUUUGUAUCUUUCUUCAAAUAACUUGAAUGGUUCUAUCCCUCAGAAUUUAGGAAGUCUAUAUAAUUUGCAAGAAUUGGAUCUCAGUAAUAACAAAAUAACUGGUCAUAUUCCUUCAGUAUUGUCUUGUUUGUCCAAUUUGUCAUAUUUGUCUCUUUAUUCAAAUAACUUGGAUGGUUCUAUCCCUCAAAAUUUAGGAAGUCUAUAUAAUUUGCAAGAAUUAUAUCUUAGUAAUAACAAAAUAACUGGUUGUAUCCCCUCAUCUCUAUCUCGUUUGUCCAAUUUGCUGCAUUUUAAUCUUUAUGAAAACAAUUUAACAGGUCAAAUCCCUCCAUCUCUAGGUCUCUUGUCCAAUUUGUCAAGUUUGUAUCUUUCUUCAAAUAACUUGAAUGGUUCUAUCCCUCAAAAUUUAGGAAGUUUAUAUAAUUUACAAGAAUUGGAUCUUAGUAAUAACAAAAUAACUGGUCAUAUCCCUUCCUCUUUGUCUCUUUUGUCCAAUUUGCACUCUUUGAAUCUUGGUGCAAAUCAUUUACAAGGUUUCAUUCCUUCUGAAAUUGGAAUUAUGACCAAUCUAUCGUUUUUGAAUCUUGGCACUAACAACUUCAGUGGUUCAAUUCCGCCCACCAUACUGCAUUUACCCAACCUGGAUACAUUGUGCCUUGAUUCAAAUCAUUUAGAAGGUUCAAUACCCAAAGAGAUUGGGCAUUUGGAAUCUUUGCAGUAUUUGGACCUUUCCCUAAACAGAUUGAGUGGUCACCUCCCAACACAGCUUGAGAAUUGCACCCUUUUGCAACUACUGUCUUUGAGCCACAAUUCCAUGGGCGGAGACCUCCCCUCUGAAAUAGGAAAUAUGAAGAAUCUAUAUAUGUUAGAUCUUAGUGACAACCAUUUCACUGGUCCAAUUCCUUCCACUCUAGGUCAGUUAACCAAUUUGACCAGCUUGUAUCUUGAUUCAAAUCAUUUGAAUGGAUCGAUACCUUCACAACUUGGGAAUUUACCAAACAUGAAUCCAAAUGGCUUGAAUCUUAGUUGCAACAAUCUCUUAGGCCCAAUCCCACAAAAUUUGGAUAAUUUUCCAAAUAGCUCUUUUUUAGGCAACCCAGGUUUACAUCGUCAUCCUCUUAGAAGCCCCACUACAUCGCCUCAUUCCUUCACUCAAAAUAGCAAUAGAAGAACAAACAACAAAGUGUUGAGAUGUGUUAAAAUUACUCUUCUCAGCACCAUUUCUCUUGCCUUGGCAUCUCUGGCAUUGUUGUUGCUUUCUCGAAGAAUACAUAGAGCUAAAAGUAAGGAAGCAGUUUCAAUUCCAUUGAAAGGAGGGGAUAUAUUCUCAAUAUGGAACUUUGAUGGGAAGGUUGCAUAUGAAGACAUUAUUGCAGCAACUGAGGAUUUCGACAUCAGAUAUUGCAUUGGUACUGGUAGCUAUGGUAGUGUUUACAGGGUGCAGUUGCCAAAUGGAAAAGUAGUUGCUUUAAAGAAACUUCACCAAAGGGAAGCUGAGGUGCCCACUUUUGACAAGAGUUUCAAGAAUGAGGUUAAGAUGUUGACAGAAAUACGACAUAAAAGCAUUGUCAAGCUUCAUGGGUUCUGUCUGCAUAAACGAUGCAUGUUUUUGAUCUAUGAAUACAUGGAAAUGGGAAGCCUGUUUUGUGUCCUUAGAGAUGAUGCUGAAGCUGCGGAAUUGGAUUGGAUAAAAAGGGUGAAUGUCAUUAAAAACACAGCACAUGCUUUGUGUUACCUUCACCAUGAUUGCAUUCCACCCAUCAUUCAUCGAGACAUAUCAAGCAACAAUAUUCUAUUGAACUCAAAGUUGGAGGCUUUUGUUUCUGACUUCGGAAAUGCCAGGCUUUUGGAGACUGAUUCAUCUAAUCAUACUGUCCUAGCUGGCACCUAUGGUUAUAUUGCCCCAGAGCUUGCCUAUACAAUGGCUGUGACAGAGAAGUGCGAUGUUUAUAGUUUUGGGGUUGUGGCAUUGGAAGUAUUGAUGGGAAGGCAUCCUAGAGAACUGCUGAUGUUGUUAUCAAAACCAUCUUCUUUGCAAAAUGUGAUGCUAAGUGAUGUAUUAGACACACGCUUGUUGCCUCCAAGAAGUAAAGCUGUUACCCAGAGUGUUGUUAUUGCUGCUACACUUGCAUUUGCUUGCUUGCGUGCAAAACCCAAAUCCAGGCCAACGAUGAAAUAUGUGUCUCAACAUUUUGUUUCUCGCCAAGGACAACUUUUGAAGCCUUUUCCAACUAUCUCUCUAUUGGAGAUUUUAAGUACUGAUUUGGGGAUGGAAAAUGGAAGAGAACCUCAACCAAAAGUUGUAUUGGAACUUACAAAACUAAAUAUUGAUUUGGGGAUGGAAAAUGAAAUAGAACCCCGUUCAAAAGUUUCAUGUCAUCCAGACGGGUUCCAUGGUUCUUCCUCAAAUUAGAUCCAAUCGAGUUGCCUUGUCCUUUUUUGAAAAAAUAGAUCUCUUUGUUGAUUUCAUGCUUUGGUUUUAUGUACUAAUAGGUUGGAAUAACAUCCUUGAUAUCGA